UGCAACCGCUACUCCUUUGAUAUACCGGUACUCGUGAGGUUUUAGCAUUGGAUUGUCUGCCCGAGUUCUAAUGCUCAGCCAGUUGCGCCAAACGGGAGGGCGGCCAUGGGGCGGAAUGCGACCCGACACGCUGACUCUGUGUCUCCUCUGCUUGGCCUGCUUCGCGAGAAGCGCUUUCUCAACCGUGAUACCAGUUACAGGCUACUCGGUUACUCGCGUUGACUUCACCUACAUGACUUUCAUACAUUACUACACACGCUUAAGUUCCGAGACGAUGGGAACCUUCCUCAGUCGCUUGGCUACAAACUGCAAUGCCGACUCCACCUGCAAGAGCUUUGACACGGAUGGAUACACGUACACUUACGCGUAUAGCGACGUAACUAAUUAUUUGAUGUCUCAAGUCGGCAACGUCAUUUACUACAAGAGCGCUGUGCCUUCCACAUCUCCGUCGCCUUCGCCGCCGUCACCCUCGCCGCCGUCGCCCUCGCCGCCGUCACCCUCACCGCCGUCGCCUUCGCCGCCGUCACCUUCGCCGCCGUCACCCUCGCCGCCGUCGCCUUCGCCGCCGUCACCCUCGCCGCCGUCGCCUUCGCCGCCGUCACCCUCGCCGCCGUCACCCUCGCCUUCACCGCCGUCGCCCUCGCCGCCGUCACCUUCGCCGCCGUCGCCUUCGCCGCCGUCACCCUCGCCGCCGUCACCUUCGCCGCCGUCGCCUUCGCCGCCGUCACCCUCGCCGCCGUCGCCUUCGCCGCCGCCGCCGUCGCCUUCGCCGCCGUCGCCUUCGCCGCCGUCGCCUUCGCCGCCGCCGCCGUCGCCUUCGCCGCCGUCGCCCUCGCCGCCGUCGCCUUCGCCGCCGUCGCCCUCG